AUGCUUCUGGAGCAAAACUUGACUAUCGCCGAUAUGCAGAAACACUCUUUGACAUUCUGGUGGCUGGUGGAAUGCUGGGUAAGUGUUUUUAACAAGUUAAUCAGGCGCUACAAAUACCUGGAGAAAGGUUUUGAAGAUGAAGUAAAAAAGCUGCUGUUGUUCUUAAAGGGUUUUUCAGAGUCGGAGAGGAACAAGCUGGCUAUGUUGACUGGUGUUCUUCUGGCUAAUGGAACACUUAAUGCAUCCAUUCUUAAUAGCCUUUAUAAUGAGAAUUUGGUUAAAGAAGGAGUUUCAGCAGCUUUUGCUGUAAAACUCUUUAAAUCAUGGAUAAAUGAAAAAGACAUCAAUGCAGUAGCUGCAAGUCUUAGGAAAGUCAGCAUGGAUAACAGACUGAUGGAACUUUUUCCUGCCAACAAGCAAAGCGUUGAACACUUCACAAAGUAUUUUACUGAGGCAGGCUUGAAAGAGCUUUCAGAGUAUGUUCGGAAUCAACAGACCAUAGGAGCUCGCAAGGAGCUCCAGAAAGAACUUCAAGAACAGAUGUCCCGUGGCGAUCCAUUUAAGGAUAUAAUUUUAUAUGUCAAGGAAGAGAUGAAAAGAAACAACAUCCCAGAACCAGUUGUCAUUGGGAUAGUCUGGUCAAGUGUAAUGAGCACCGUGGAGUGGAACAAAAAAGAGGAGCUUGUAGCAGAGCAAGCCAUCAAGCACUUGAAGCAAUACAGCCCUCUACUUGCUGCCUUUACUACUCAAGGUCAGUCUGAGCUGACUCUGUUACUGAAGAUUCAGGAGUAUUGCUAUGACAACAUUCAUUUCAUGAAAGCCUUCCAGAAAAUAGUGGUGCUUUUUUAUAAAGCUGAAGUCCUGAGUGAAGAGCCGAUUCUGAAGUGGUAUAAAGAUGCACAUGUUGCAAAGGGGAAAAGUGUCUUCCUUGAACAAAUGAAAAAGUUUGUUGAAUGGCUCAAAAAUGCUGAAGAAGAAUCUGAGUCUGAAGCUGAAGAAGGUGACUGAAUUUUGAAACUACAUCCUCAGUAAAGCAAACAGGAAUUGUAGAUAAAAUGUCAUGUCUCAUGUGUCCUGGUUCUUACAUCUUCCUACCUCCCUAUAUCAAGCAUGAUAUAAGGGCUUUCAUGGCAAAUUUUAUUUUAACUGUUUCUAUGGUUACUGGAAAUGUUGGGUUUAGUUUCUAAAACCAUGUUUUAAGUAGCUGCAGGAGCUAUAGAUUUGAAUCUAAUGUUGCAUUAGUCUUUUCAGUUAUCUUCUACCUCCUGUAUUUUCUACUGUAAUAAUGUAAUUUAAGGCCUUCCACAAUGAACAGUUCACUUUAUUCCCUGGGUUUUCUAUAUAUAAACAGUUUUCAAGAUAUGAUUUGGUUAAAAAUAAUUUGUUAUAAAAAUUCUGUUUGCAAAUUAAACUGUAAAAGUAUCCAAAGUCUCAAAAGGCAAUGGUUUGUGUGAUAAUUUGGUAUGCCUAGAGCCCUAUUGAUCAAUGAAAGUCUCUUACACAGUAAUUGAACUCAUUAACAUGAUCCUGAGUAUUUGGACCAUUGCUUGCAUGUUAACAUUUACUUGUAUUUUUAAUCCCAGAUGUCCUUAAAUUCAAUUGUUUGCUCUCUGUUUUUCAUCAUUAGUGAAGCUAUGGAGAACAAACUUGAAGUUUGAGGAAUCUCAUAUGUCAGAGAUGGUAGGAAGAAGAAAAUUGAACUUUUUCCCAUUAAGAAACUUCUGCAUUCAGUUUGUAUCUUUCUAGGCAAAACAAAUGGAUACUCUUUUCAUAUGAACAUUUUCAAAUGUACCAUAGAAGUCUUAUUUUGUGCUCAGAAUACCCUUAGAUUGAUAUGAAAGGACUUCUAAAAAAGUGUGAAUAGAGGAAAUGACUGUUACAGACCCCCAUAAAAUUGUUGAGAAUGUUAAGAGUCAGCAUGUUCUAAUUGGGGAUCUGAAUUUAACAUAUUUCCUUUUGGCUUAGUGCAUUUGUUCCAAAGAAUGGAGUUCAAUAAUUAUAUAUUCUCACUUGGUCGUACUGGACUGGCUUCAUUCUCUUAGUACAUUCAGUAAUGACUCAAGCAUCUGGCUGUUAAUGUACCCUAGUUGCCAAUUCUUAAUUGCCAUGAGCCAAAUAUUUCUUCUAUGUGAUUAAUCCAUUUAUUUUAAUGGCUGCCUUUUAAUUUUUCAUCUUUUUAUUUUCUUGCUGCUGCCCAUCCAUGUAUGUAGUCAUUAAUGGGAAAAUAUUACAACAUUGGGUGGAAAGGCAUUGUUAUAAGUGAAUGUUUUGAAGGAUUUUUUAAUAGAAAGAAACUAGCCUGGAAUAAUGCCACCAGAGAUUGAGUGGAAAUUACCCCUUUUGAAGGUGCCAUUCUUAUUAGCCAAGAAGUUGGUAUUUAAACAUUCAUCUUGAGGGAAUAACGUGUAAUAUAAUUUGAAAUAAAGUUAUAGUGACCUUAAGAAGAGCAUUAUAACAGAUAACAUUGUGGGAAUGGGGUGAUUUUGUUAAAUGAAUAACUUUGAUAAAGUUUUCAUGUGCAGGCAAAAUGUAUUCACUAGAUUUCUACAUAGUGAUCUGCUUUUACUUUGUAAUUUGUAGUCCGCAAAAUACUUUUUUUUUUUUUUUUUAAUAAAGUCCAUCCUUACACUUAGGUUUUAUAGAUUAGCCUUUUUCUUUGUUUAUAAAUUUCAUUUUAAUACCUAGUAGUGUACUGUAUGUUGUGUGUUUAGAUGUCUUUACUGUAUAAGCAUUAAAUAAUUCCUCCUUUCAUCCUUAAAACUCCCAAAUUGUAAACACCUACACAGAAUUAUGAUGUAGCUGAAACUACAUUGACAUUUUUACGACCAAAUCAUUGCAUGUUAUUGCCGUACAAAGUGUACCCUGUUCUAUUAUAUACUGUGUAUAGUGAAAGAGUGUGUAGUCUUCCAGAACUACAUUAUGAUCUUUGAUCAUAGUUUUUUUCUUCAUAAUGACACAGUAGUGUUUACUUACUACAGUAUUUAGUAAAUGGAUAAGUCAUCUGUGAGUAUGAUAUGAAGAAAGGGAAUGCUUUAUAAAACAAUUGCAGAUUUUCAUUUUAAAUUUUAAAACGCAGCUGCCAGUGCCAACCUAUGGCCUCAAAUAUGUAAUUCUUAAUAAAGAUGUUAAACUUGUACUUUUAAUUUUAUGAUUGGAUAAAUGUUAAGUUGAUUUUCCUAGUUUGGUGUCAGUUUCUAAGGUUAAGUUUCUACUUGGAUGCUAUAAUUAAAUGUGUGUUUAGAGCUGAUAAAUUUUUUAGUCUUCCUCUAGGAUUAUUGUCCUAGAAAUUCUUUUUGUUCUCAUAAAUAUUCAUUCCAGAUACCAAAACGGCCACGGGGUUUUUUAACAUGAUUAUGAUGGUGAUGAGGGGAAAAUGCACAUUUAAGAGAUUAACCUCUGGUUCAGUGUUUCUUCUACGUUUCCCCCCAAGAAAUUUAUUUUUUUCCUAGUGGCAUCCCCAAUAAAUUUUAAUAUCAUAGA